AUGUCGGGGAGAAGGGAUAGUCUCACGCCACCAACAAGGACAGGACUGGCAGAUCCCGGUGCUCACGAACUAGAUGCCUCGGAUUCAGACGACCACUUCUCCGACGCCCAGUCUGGGCCCGCCGAGUCCAAUCGAACGUCUCCCAUUCCCAAGACAAGGGUUGAGAAAGUAGACAACGACCCAUCAUACGGAGAAGUCCCGGGCACGGAGGCUUAUCGGAUGCGCGAAGGGGACGCAGAGCCAGAUGAGAUAGCAGUCAUCCCCGAUGCCAGCUACAAGAGCCCGGCAUCUGGGUCGGAAGAAGGUUCUCGCCCGCCCACCCCCGGUGGGCAUCCCGUUCCCAAGACGGUGGUCGAGGUGACUCCCGACACGGACGGCUCGGUGACGCACCCGGGGGUGGAGAAGAGACACAAGUUUGAUCCACCGCCUGAUCUGGUCCUCAAGGCCGAGAGCGCAACGGUGAAGGGUGGAGACGGCGAAGAAGCCUCUGGUACGGAUGCAUACUCCAAUAUCACCUGCCUUGAAGACCCCAAAUACCGCACGUUCAAGGAGAAAAUCCUCGGGGCAGAUCAGGAAGACGGGGACGACUUCGGGGACGACUUCGACGACUUUGAAGAAGUGAAUGAAGAAGCCGACUUUGGAGACUUCGAUGAUGGGUUCCAAGAACCGGAUGCACAGCCAGACGCGAGUCCAGCCGCGGCUGCUCCCCCUGCUCCUCGUGCUCCUCCAACAUUAUCAUUCCCAAUACCCGAUUUCGACGGCCUCGACACAGACGACAUAUUCGCCGCCACAGAACCCUACCUAGACGCGCUCUUCCCCGAAGACGAGGACGACCCCACCCCCACGGUCCCGUCCGCCCCCAGGGGGGACAACCCCGUCUUCCUGACGCCGCGGAGCGCCUCCCUCUGGUCGCAGCUCGUGGCGCCGCCGCCGCUCCAGCCGCCCGACUGGAUCCGGUCGCGCAUCCGGCGGCUCUUCCUCGUCUCGCUCGGCGUCCCCGUGGACCUGGACGAGAUCCUCCCGGCCUCCAAGCAGAAGAAGCUCGUCCUCCCCUCGCUGCGGCCCGCCAGCUCGUCCGGCUCCCUGCGUGUAUCAUCCUCGUCCGCCGACGGCGCCCGCCGCUCGCUCUCGCGGCUGCGGCGCGAAGGGGCGAACGCGUCCAGCGCGUCGGUCGACUCGCAGGGCAGGUCGACCGCCGCGGCGGCUGGAGCAGCGGCGGCGGCGGGGCCUGGAGGAGGAGGAGGAGGAGGAGGCACGGACGCAGGCGCGGGCGCGGGCGCGGGAAGGGCGUCAAGGAGGCGGAAGGGCCCGCCAGCGGAGCCGGCAUUCGACCUCGUGGCCGCAGAGCAGGUGUGCACGACGACGGACGAGGCGCUCGACGGGAUGACGGACGACGAGCUGAGGGCGCACGUCGGCAGGGUGGAGGCGAUGCAGGAGACGGCGAAGGAGGUGCUCGAGUACUGGCAGAAGCGGACGGAUGAGAAGAUUGGGGACAGGGAGGCCUUCGAGGGGGUAAUAGAGAACCUCGUAAAACAUGCACGAAAAGUGAGGAAAUAG